CAGGAGCACGACUCUUCCAUAACCCCACGACCCUACUUUUUGAGAAAAUAAGUCGGCGGCGGAUUGGUGGAGCCCGGUCACGUGACCACCGCUUGCGCUGGAGUUUCUACUACAGCUGGGAGGGAGCCGCUCGAGAGAGGAGGACAGAGCGCGAGAGGCGGCUGAGCCUGCGACGCUUCGCACAAAGUUUCUGCAGCAUGGGAGACAAGAGGAGUCCGACGAGGUAAAAGCAAACAGAAAGAAACUCCCUCAGCCGCGGCUUCAAGACACCCGAGACCGCCUCAAGGCUUGAAACAGACCAUUAGGCAGCGCGCGCCUGAAUGAGAAAGACGCAACAGAGUGGCCACCAUGGCGGACUGGCUGUUUCUAUCGACCUAAAGUGUCAUUUAUUAAAAAACACAAACACUGCGUCGCUUGCGCAGGCGUCCGGCUGACUCUUUGCAUGGAUGGGAUCAGAUAUGUGUGUCGAAGAUAUCUACAGUCCGAGAUGUGAUGUUCUCUCUGUUUGUUUUGCUUUUUGAAGGCCGAAAAAACGCGACGAAACGGCCCUCCUCCGACGACGGCUACUGGGACUGCAGCGUGUGUACGUUCAAGAACAGCGCCGAAGCGUUCAAAUGCAUGAUGUGCGAUGUCAGGAAGGGAACGUCAACGCGGAAACCUCGUCCUGUCACACAGCAGUUUGCUUCACCCACACAGCCCAAGAAAGAGAAAAAGGAAAAGACCGAGAAGGACAAGAACGAGAGAGAACUGACACUGAAAAAGAACAGCCACAAGAAAAUGAGGCCCAGGUUAAAAAAUGUGGACCGGAGCAGCGCACAACAUCUGGAAGUGACAGUGGGAGAUCUGACGGUUAUCAUAACAGACUUUAAGGAGAAAACUAAGCCCUCCUCCAGUUCGUCCUCCAGCGCAGCAUCUGGAGACCACCACAGCCAGAGCGGAUCCAACUCAGACAACACAGAGAAGGGGAUCUCCAGAUCCUCGUCCCCGCGAGGGGAGGGUUCCUCACUCAACGGGGAAUCUCACUAAGAACGCGUGGAUUACGAACGUUACUUCCAGUCUCCUGCACCUAAUAUAUCCAUUUUAAACGAACAGUCACAGGAGCGUGCUUAUGUAUGCCAAGACUUACCGAGACGCAGACUUAACCCAGCAAUAUAAGCCAUCUCUCACUACUACCACAGUUAUAAGAUCAGAAGCAUAGGAUCUCACCACAAUACACUCAUCCAGGUUUGUUACAAUGCCCAGUAGGUCAGCUUGAGAUAAACUGUAGAAUUUGUAAGCAAUUUUGAUGAUUGAAUUUUGACAAUUUAAUUCCUAUAGCACGUGGUAGUAUUAUGAAUCAGAUAAGUGUUGUUGUCUGUUUGAAUUUGGACAUUGACACCCAUUCUCGUUCUCUUCAUUAUCGUCAUAUAAUUACAUAAACCCUUAUUUUUUAAAACCACAAUCUGUAAUUUCUGCAACAGCACCCAUUAAGUCUUGACAGUUAGCCCUGGGGCUUAUAAACAUUCAACUGGAACAUUGUUGUGAGCGUAUUUGCUUCUACAUUAAGGACGUGUCAGUUGCAAAUUGUAACUUUAAUAUACUUUCAAUGCAUUACAUGAUGGGCGUCAAGCCAUCUAUGAAUAACCUGUGACCCAAACAGGACUUCCUUUCUCAACUGUUUGUUGCACCUGUUGGUACUUUUUGUAUGGUUUUAUGAGACGCAGAAAUUAAUUGUCUAAUUUGUUCUUGUUCAUGUUGUUUUAUUUGAAACUUGUCAUAGAUUGCAUCACUUGUGCGGCUAGUUCUACCAGCGCUGUUUUUUUGUGUUAGAUUGUCUUGAUAUAAUUCUGUUAAUUCCACAACAAACAUAACAUUUAUGACUAAAAAUGACAAAUGUAUUUGUAAGAUGUUGAAUUCAUCCCCUCCUUUAUGAUGAACGGUGGUAUAUAAAUAUAUUGCUGUAGAAGAAAUAUCUCUUAAUAAAAUGUAAGAUUUAGAA